AUGACCCACAAAAAGCCCAAGGAAGGAGUCAAGACUGAGAACAACGAUCAUAUUCAUUUGAAGGUGGCGGUGCAGGAUGGUUCUGUGGUGCAGUUUAAGAUGAAGAGGCACACACCACUUAGUAAACUAAUGAAAGCCUAUUGUGAACGACAGGACACACCUGCACAGUUGGAAAUGGAGGAUGGAGAUACAAUUGAUGUGUUCCAGCAGCAGACAGGAGGCGUCUACUAAAAAAGGGAACCUGCUACUUUGCUCCAGAACUUUG